CCUCCUUUAUCUUUUCACGAAUCGCAAGAGGAACCACCCCCCCCCAUUCGUGUCCCUUCCAUCUCGGACUUUCUAUUUGGAGGCGCCGCUUUCAUUGUCCCUACCAUGGCCUUUCUCUACACAGGACCCCCUUCCCCCCCUCCGAGGGAUGUCUUUCAUAAUAACCUCGACCCCGAUGAUGAACUGCAUUCCCACCCUGCUUAUUCUCCCAACUCUCUCUUUCCAGAGGCCGACAUGCAAAACAGGGAACGGCCUCGCCUUGAGAUCCUGCUCGACAAGGAUUGUAUCUUCCUCAAGGGCACCGGCGUCGAUGUUGAGCCAGCUCGUCUUUCGGGACAUGUCGCCCUCUAUCUCGCAGAGUCGACGUCCAUCAAGGAAAUCACCCUGCAGUUCAGAGGAAAGGCACGCCUGCCAGUGUCUGCUAAUGAAUCGAUGUCACUCAACUCCUCACCUUUGACGUACAUCGUAUGCAAUCACGAAUGGUCCUUCCUCGAAGGAGAAAAGAAACAUAGCCAUACCCUAAAGCCAGGCCGUCACUUUUUCCCCUUCCAACUCCAGCUAGGCGGCUCCCUUCCAUCCACUAUCUCCACGAGUGUCAACGGAGGCGCUUCUGUCGCGUACAAACUACGUGCUCUUGCCGUACGUCCCGGUCUUAGCCACAAUCUUCAGACCUUCACGCCGGUGACGUUAAUCCGCUCGUUCGCGCCAGAAGCCUUGGAGUAUCAGCAGACCCUGGAGAUUGAAAACACCUGGCCGGAGAAGCUCAUGUAUUCUAUCAUGAUUCCCCACAAAGCCUGGGCUGCAGGCGAUAUCUUGACCGCUCUCGUCAAGUUUUCGCCGUUAGCUAAGGGUGUCGGAGUCUUGAGCAUAACAACCACCGUGCAAGAGACGACCAAGGUCUACGCACGGAUAGGCAUUCAGGAAUCUGUCCGCACCAUGGCGACCGUUCGACACGAGAUUGUUGGGGGGAAGGCUGUGGAGGUCCACGAGCAUCGCUGGAAGGCGGCGCCGUCGCCGACAACCCCUGGGCAUUCCUUGCCAAGUACCCCAAACCUGACACAUUCCUUGUCAUCGAGUCCUCGGAACAGUACGCACUCUGCCAGCAGCGGCAGUGGCGGAUAUUUUUCCUUCAGUCCUCAUCACGCGUCAUCGGCGUCAUUGGCAGAAGCCGGUCCUUCGACUCUUAUGGCAUCACCAUCUACUUCCUCAGAUCCUAAUGAGAAUCUCGAAAUGAGCGACGACGAUGUCGUGACCUUCCUUACGUUCCCCAUACCUCUCUGCAUCACACCCACUCAUUCCCUCGACCCCAUUAACGUUAGCCAUAGAAUACGAUGGAGUAUACUCAUCCUCAAUCUUGACGGUCACACAUCCGAGUUGCGCUGUUCUCUUCCUCUCCACCUUCUUGAUUAUCGCUUGUUGGAAGAAGCACGUUCGCAUACGGCUGCCACUCGGCGUCUUCUCCUUGGAGGCCCUGAAGUCCCACCCCAAGAACUUCCAGAUGAUAUGGAACUUCCGAGCUACACGGCUCACGUCCGGGACCGCGUCGCAAACAUGUUUCUACCUGAGAGCGCCACAAUGCGGGUCACCAAUCCGUGGGUUCAUGGCGGCAUCAGCCCUACCAUCGUCUCCAAUGCAGGCACCGAAGCUUUGGCUUCGCCAUGGCCACGGUCCCACUCUGGGCACUCGACACCCCUAGAAGCCCAUCUGUUAGCCCAUCUCCCUCAUGCGCCAGGUUCAGGCGACAGCACACCACUCGACUGGGUAAACUCUGAGCUCUUGCUUUCUCUUUCGGAGGAAGACCCGCCUGCGCUAAGCGUGACUUCACGUCAAGCGCCGCACUCGCCGUCGGAUCACACGGACUCGAACCCCGCUUCAAGACCAAGCAGCAGUCGCCCCAGUCGGCUCUCCAGUCGUUCCGCGAGUCCAGAACGCGGCUUACACGUCGCAGGGCCUCACGAGACGUACGUGCACAGUGGCAACGCCAGCCGGAACAUCCACGGACUGUUCAAAGCCUCCAUGAAGCCCUUCACGUCACUCGCCCACCCGCACUGGCUCUCUUCCCGUUCGCAUUCCCAUCCUAGCAUUGCAGAUUCUCAGCGGCAGGCAAUGGCGACGGCCUCGAUGGCAGCAGCACUACGUCCUCCGGUCCAACUGAGUGAUCCUAAUUCUGGUACGGCACUGUUGCAUCGGGCGUUUACGGAAGUGCCGGAUUACAGGAUUGCUGCUAGGGGUUUCAUUGGUGGUGUUCCGCCAUUGACGAGUAUGCGAGGCCUGCCGUCGUAUGAGGACGUCGAACGUGCAGAGGGUGAUUCUACUACCGUGCCUGCGAGGUCUCCGCGGUUCGACGUGGCAAAUAGUCCGACGAUGAUGAUGACUCGUACAUAACCUUGGCGCUCGCGAUCUUCUUUUUUCUUCUUCUUCUUCUCCUUCUUCUUCCUCUUUAUUUUGUCAAUGUACUGUAUUACCAUCGCAUAGACUUGCUUCAUAGAUUUCAUCUUUGUAUGUUUCGCUGCCGUCAUUCUCUAAUGGUUCUUUUUUUUUUCUUGUUACAUCUUGACCUUUGGACAAUCGCUCUCACGUUAAUUUUACCGAUCGCAGUGUUCCCCUCUCCAUCCAUCCUGUAUCAUCAUUCUUACAUAGACUUCGUAGACUUUUAUCGUGCAUACUGCAAACCCUGUACCUCGGAAUUUAUACACGGCAGGUAACCUAAAGUAUAGAUUGUAGCUAAAUAUACAUAUCAGCACGCAAGAGACAUCUAGAUCUACUCUAAAAAGAAUCAGGGCGUCUAGUGUUUCUCUAGGAGGCAUUAUUUGGUGACG